AUGGAGCCCAACUACGCCAUGCAUCCAGCGCCAGUUUCCGGGACAUCGCCCUUUUAUUACUACAAUCCGGAUCCGGAUGCUCACAAUGGGCCGCAUGGGCACUUUUCAACCCAUCCCUCGGAGAUGCAACUUCAGCAUCCGAACGGGCACAUGCCAAUAUACCCAAACCAACCUGUUCACCAACUCCAUCACCAACUCCAGCAGCAGCAGCAGCAACAACAACAACAGUUACAGCAGCAACCUAUGCAAGAAAAGCACUCGGGAUACAUGCACAACCCGCUCCCAGCCCAAGCUCAACCCCAACCCCAACUCCAUGCCAUGAACCUGCUCAACGGCACGAUGCACAUGACACCCACCGCAUCACCGCAACCACUGCAUCUCAAGCCUAGCAUCGUGCUGCAUCAAGGUUCCCCCUUGCUAAUUCCACUGGACACCUCGUGCGGCGGGGAUGGCGCUGAUCUGUACGGCUUCCCGUCUACGCCUCCAUUGUCGUCAUCUGGAAGUACGGUGAGCAGUCCACCCUCCAGCUGUGGGGGGAUGCAACACACGCCUGUGAAUGGGAGCUUUUUCCAGCUAGAGACAAUUGAGGGAGUGAAAGAGGGGUGUCAGAGUGAGGUGCAGACGGAGAUAUUGGCUAGUUUGGACUGGGGGAGAUCGAGUUCACCGCCCAUGACGCCAGUGUUCAUCCGCCCCCCUGGUACAGGCGUUGGCGGUGCCAGCGUGGGCCAAGCCGGGGCCAGCCACCAGGCCACCCAGACCUCCACUAGCACUUCGUGUCCCUCCCUUUCCCCUUCCAGUUCGCCCUCGCCCACGCCCACGCCCAUCCUCAACUCCUUUCUCCUGCAUCCCCUUUCGCCCUCCACCCUGGCCCUCCACCCGUCCAGCUCCGACUUCUGCGACCCCCGCCAACUCACUGUCGAAUCUUCGGCACAUUCCUCCUCCUCGUUGUCCUCGUCGCCGCCGUCGUCGUCGUCGUCGUCGUCGUCGUCGUCGGAUUUUCCUCCUUUGCCCUCGCUGUCGCCAGAGCACCACCCCGACCACGACCACGAUACCCACAAAUUCAUCCUGGGCGCUGACACCGACUCCCUCCACCCCCACAAUCUCUCCCAUUCCUCUCUGAGCGAUACUACCGAUCACUCCGAAGAUAACCUGGGUAGUCUGCCGUCGUUUGACAAUUUUUCCGAUCUCGACUCUGAAGACGAGUUUGUCAACGGGAUUAUCGAUUUCACCCCGACCGAGAACACGUUCUUCCUGGGCGACAAGCGUCGACGCGUAGGUUCCUUCUCCCGCAACAACGACUGCAACGACAACGACAACGACGAUCUCAUCAGUGAGCAGAGUCUAGAGGACCUCGAAGACGAGGAUUUGUUUGCCCGCUCUGAUCUGCCGUUGCUGCCAUCCGAAGUCCCAGACGCAGCUGACUCAACCACCGCUAACAUUUCGACAACCACAAUCCCACUUGCGACCGGUGAGAUGAGGACGAAGAAACGUCCAACACCCCGCAAACACAUCAAACACCACUCAUCCUCCGACAGCGAGUCAGAUACCCUUGGCUCCAUCAUCAAAGCUGCCCAGGCCAACGUCAACAGUCGCGGCUCCAACACACACACAGACACGACUACCCCGUCGUCCCAACAACCCCAGCAGCAGCAACAACAUCCAUCAGGCGCCCCGACAAAGGAGUCAUCUGAAAGCAACCCACAAACCUCAAGCUCGUCAGACGCCACCAUCCCUGCCCCAGUCCUCCCUGUCAAUCGCCGUGGACGUAAACAAUCCCUCACCGAAGACCCUUCCAAAACCUUCGUGUGUACGCUCUGUUCUCGCCGCUUCCGACGACAGGAGCAUCUAAAACGUCACUACCGCUCCCUACACACUCAAGACAAACCUUUCGAAUGCCACGAGUGCGGCAAGAAGUUCUCUCGCAGCGAUAAUCUUGCCCAACAUUCCCGCACCCACGGUGGUGGCGCCAUUGUCAUGGGCGUUCUCGACGCGCGAGACGUUCAUCACUCAGAUCCGUCCUCCCCAACACACAAUCACAACCAUAACCACGGUCCCAGCCACAGUCCCAACCACAGCCCAAAUCACAACCACCACUACUUCGACGACCAGGACGCUGGUGCCCUGGGUGCCGUGCUCUAUGAGGCUGCCCAUGUCGCCGCCAACAAGUCCACCACCAGUGAAUCAUCAGAUGAUAACGACGGCAUAUCUCCGAUACCCUUCACCGAUCGCAAGCGGCCAAUCAAGAAGCGCAAGCGGGAGGAAUCUGCGUAA